AGUAAGCAUCAUGGCGUAGUUUAUGUUGUGCGAGAUGGUUUAUAAUAUACAGAAUUUGCAUUGUAAGAAACUCUGUCAACUCGAACAAGCGAUUGAAAAUUAAAGCUUUGAAUCUGAAGUCAAACUUAACAUAUCGACGAUUCGAUAUAUCAUAUGAACGCCGCAUGAUAACGGUGUUAAGUUGGCGCAGAGUAGUUGAAUAGUAUCGCAAUACUGAGGUUAGGUUAUGGUUGGGUGCCGUUCCUGCGGGCGAAAUAUCGCGUCUGGUACUCUGCGAUGUAGUAAAUGUAAUUCAGCGUACCACAUCUCCUGCUCGCACAGAUACAAAAUCCAGGACGGUGUGUUUAGCUUGUGCUGCGGCUCAAAUGAGCCAGUGUUUUCCACUAAUUUCAAUUAUCAGAUGCGCACAAGGAACAAGCGUAGACAACAGCAACAGCAACCAAAGCAAAUCAACAAUUUCCAGGACGGUAGUAUGCGAUACGGUAAAGUUCAAAAGACCACAGAAAGCAUGGGUGUUUGUGACAAACCUGCUACUUUAGAAAAUGCUGACGAGAUUACUGAACAAACAACAACAGAUAUUAUUAUCAAUGAAGAAAAUGAUGACAAUGGCAAUGUUAAUAAUUUUGAGAGUAACGAGACAGAAGAAGUAGUGGAAGAGUCACCAAAUAAUACUGAUAACAAUGACCCUACAAAUGAAGAAAAUACUCCAGAGGAAAUAUUGAAUGUUAACAAUGAUGGUCAAAGUAAAGUCACACUGGAAACUGUAUGGGUAGGAAUUUCUUCUUUACAAUCAUCCAUCUCAAAUAUAUCUAACUCAUUGAACACUGUGUCGACACAAUUGAAUACUUUUGAUCCUCGUAUCAAUGAGCUGGAGUCAUCAAUUAACACAAUUAAGACAAAAACUUCAAAUUUAGAGAAUGUACAAACUGACGUUACCAGUCUAAGAACAGAGCUUGAGCGUGUGACAAGUGAGUUGGAAAAUUUAAAGUCAAUGCAAAGCCAACAGGACUUUGAUGUUUCUACAGUUGUUACUGAAAUCAAGGAUAGAGAAAUUAAAUCUAAAAAUAUCUUAAUAUACAAUGUACCAGAGGAUAAUUUGAGAAUUUCACAAGAUUAUUCAACACUCGAUGACAUCAACAAAUUCAAUGCAUUAUUAGCUGCAAGAGAUACGUCACGUGCUCGCGAAAUACUUCAAAAUAUUCCAGACGUUGAUCUUGAUGAAAUAGAAACAAGACGUUUAGGACGAGUUAAUCCUAAUGUUAGCCGCCCCCUUCGAGUUACUCUACAAAGUCGAGAAGAUGUUAUUACUGUUAUGAAAAAUAGAGGCCUAGUUAAUAACCAGUACAACGUAAAAACUGACUUAACCAAGAUCCAACAGAAAAAAAUUCGAGAUUUGAAGCAAGAAUUGGAGAGACAAAAUGCUAGUGGAAACACUAAUUUGACAAUUAAAUUUAUCAAUGGAGAUCCAAGAAUAAUACCUGUUAUCAGGAGAAAUUAUACAAAGCGUGAAUUCCAAGGUUGACUUCAUUUGUAAAUUGCAUGAGUAUGGUUUAGUAGUUACGUUAUCAUUAAAAUAAUUAAAGUUUCCAUAAUUCAUAUGUAAAUCUGACAUUUUUUAAUAGUAUCUGUUCAGAAGAAGUUAAUUUAUAUAACAAAAAACUGUAUAAAAAUGCUUCUUAAAUCAAAAUAAAAUUUUGGUUAAUUUAAAAUAUCACAAUUUUAUAAUCAAAAAGACUGCAAUUUGCUGAAAAAUUUAUAUUUUCAUUUAGGAAAGAUUGCUAACUUUAACACCCAUUUGAAUCAAGCAUUUGAUAAUUUAUAAUUAUUUAAAUUUAUCAUAUAUUUCUUAAGCAUUAAUAAUGAUCUACUAUAAAUAAAGUAUUAAAAAAGUUAAUUUGAAGAAUAAAAAUGUCUCAACAAAAUAUUUUUUGCUGAAAAUACUCAAACAAUUAAUAAUUUUGAAGUUUGCAAUAGAAUUUUUUUUAUAUCACCAAUCUAUAGGUAACACUCACUUUGUAAGAGACACAAAUACGAAAAAAAUAUAUGUAGAAUAUAUAAUAUCCAUAGAAGUAUUGAAAUAGAAUAAACUAAUGAAAACUAAUGUGAAUUAGGAUUUUUCAACUAGUAUUAUAAAUGAUUUCACAAAUCAAAUUUAAAAUGACAAAAGCUAUAUGUAAAAAACAUUAAUACUUGGAAGAAUAUUUAAUUUAGUAAUUUAACAUAUAUCAGUGAGUAGUUGCUUUUUAAAAUACUUUCAAGUACGUCCAUGGUCCAAAAGUACAUUAUAGUAUUUUUUUAUAUAGUCACAAAUAUUUUUGAUUAAGAAUUCCUUAUUUUAAUGAAUUUUAGAAACACCUUAAGACUAUAACAAUUGUGUCAAUCACUUAAAUAUCUUAAA